AAAAAUUCUGACCUAACCUAAGCUAACCAACAUAUUUCUAUCUCAAGCCGUUUUAUCCUUGAUUAGCCGCCUUCUAUAGCUCGCCAGUCGCCGGUCACCAUCAGCUGAUCGCCUCCUCUUCCAGCAAUGGCGGAAGCUCAAACAGAAACUCCGCCUUCCCUAUCUGAGCAAUAUUCACUGAAGGAGAAAGCGGAGAAAUCAGAUGUGGCUACAAAAGUAGCUGACGCAGAAGAGGUCGAAAAUUCAGCUAGUACUUCUUCCAAGGAAGUGGUGACCGAGGAAGUUGAGACUCCUGCUCCUCUUGUGGAAAGUACUGAGGUUCCUCCUGCUGUUGCUGAAGAAAACACCGAAGCCAAUCCUGUUGCUGAGAACAGUGUUGAAGAUGCUCAAGUUGCUGCGGAAGAAAGUAAUGAACGUACCAAAGAGAGCUCAGGUGAUGCUGAAGAAACACCGGAGAUAAAGCUUGAGACUGCUCCUGCAGAUUUUCGCUUCCCAACUACAAACCAAACAAGGCAUUGCUUCACCCGAUAUAUCGAGUACCAUCGUUGUGUAGCUGCAAAAGGAGAAGAUGCUUCAGAGUGUGAUAAGUUUGCCAAGUACUAUCGUGCCCUAUGUCCGGGAGAAUGGAUAGAUCGAUGGAACGAGCAAAGGGAGAACGGUACUUUUCCAGGUCCUCUGUAAGAUGGUACUUUUCGGGAAAUCCAGUGUAGUUGUCAAAUGAGAAACGGCAUUUUCAGGAAAUAAGAAAUUUUGGCAUGUACCCGUUUUGACUGGAUCAUGAUUGAUAAAAUGGAGUUAUAUAUGGCCUAUGUUACAUGGGUUCAACUGGUCAAGUGUUGGAUAUUGAUAUCUGUCCGACACCAAUAAGUUUAAUUUCUUUUUGAGAGCUAUGCCCUAUGUUUUUGUUCAUGUUCAGAUGUGUCUAACAUGGAUAUACAAGUUCUUCCAGCAAAUUAAAGAAAUUAAGAAAA